AUGUCGCGGUCGCGGUCACGCGCGUCGACGUCGAUGAUAUUCGUCGCAUCGGUACUGGUCGGUUCGAUUUGUGCGAUUUCGAGCGUCGAAGCGAACGAUAGAGCGCGAUUACCGUUGAUAUUUGCCGCUGGGGAUGGGGACGCUGAAGGCGUGCUCGCCGCGUUGGACGCGAAUGCGAACGCGUGUCGAGACGAGGUGACGGAAUACGGUGAGACAGCGCUGCACACGGCGGCGAUAAAGGCGAACGCGGAGGUGGUUAAGAUUUUGAUUGAGGUGUGCGAGCUCGAGGCGAAGACGUCGGGUGGGCAGUACCUGGCGCAGACGAGUCUGCUUUGGAUGGCGUACGGCGGGAGUGAUGAACAUUUGCGGGGAGUUGAAGCGUUACUGGAGGCGGGGGCGGAUGCAAACGCGAAAAACUCGGCCGGAGAUACGGCCUGGGACGUCGUGGCGAAGAUGCCAGAAGGUCAAUACAGGGAACGGGCGCUACGCGCGAUCGAGGUUCACGGCGGAAGGAGCGGCAAGGUGAAUGCCGAAUUGUGA